CUGUUAGUACAGGGAAAGCAAAGAGCGAAAGAAUGGCAAGAACCAAGCAGACCGCUCGCAAGUCUACUGGCGGCAAAGCCCCCAGGAAGCAGCUGGCCACCAAGGCCGCUCGCAAGAGCGCCCCGGCCACCGGAGGCGUCAAGAAGCCUCACCGUUAUAGGCCCGGUACCGUGGCUCUUCGUGAGAUCCGCCGUUACCAGAAAUCCACCGAGCUGCUGAUCCGCAAGCUGCCCUUCCAGCGCCUGGUCCGUGAGAUCGCCCAGGACUUCAAGACCGACCUGCGCUUCCAGAGCUCUGCUGUCAUGGCUCUGCAGGAGGCCAGCGAGGCUUACUUGGUCGGACUCUUCGAGGACACCAACCUGUGCGCCAUCCACGCCAAGAGGGUCACCAUCAUGCCCAAAGACAUCCAGCUGGCUCGUCGCAUCCGCGGAGAGAGAGCUUAAGCGCGCUACACGCUCUCCUACCAACAAAGGCUCUUUUCAGAGCCACCUCACUCACACCAAGAGCUCGCUCCUUUAUUAUUACAUCAAUAGUAUAUUCACACUCUAAUCUUCAUGCUCUUUCUAUACUAGAAACUACAGUCGGCAUGAAGGUGGAAUUCACUGAUUUCAGUUACAAAAAUGCCUCAUUCAGUUUUAGUAUGAAUUGUUGUAUGCUAGAAUGGCUCCCUCCUUUAUUUAUUUACUUAGUAGUUGUUGUUGUUGUUGUUGUUGUUGUUGUUGUUGUUGUUGUUGUUGUUGUUGGUUGUUGUUUUCUCCCAAAGCUCAUCACAUUGGAGUGCUUUAUGCUAGGGCAACAUGAUAAACCCUGUGCU